AUGAGGGCGACGCGCGUGGGCAAGUGCGAGCCCGCGCCGGGCAGCCCCUUGGACGACGCCCUGGAGCUGCCAUGGCGUGAAAUGCUGGAGGGCGCGCUGACAGCUGCCUUCAGCAUGCUGCGCAGCCCCACGGAGCACGAGAGUAACCCCCUCAUCAGCAGCAUCAUCCAGGGGUAUUUCCUGAAGCUUCUCGGCAACUACCGCUCCUUCAUCCGCCCGGACGCCCCGCGGCCGUCCCUCACCCGCCCUGGCACCGCGCCCUCCACCGGCCCGCCCUCCCCUCACGGCGGCGGCGGCGGCGGCGCCGGCGGCGGGGGUGCGGGCGGCAGUGGCGCGCGGGCGCCGCCGCUGGCGCGUCAGUCAAUGCCUGUGAAGGGCGUGGCGUGUGAGGGGGACGCGAUCAGGGGCAGCGGUUACGUGUUUGACCACGCGGGGCUGGUGGCAUCGCACAGGCACAACGACAAGGCGCGCGCGUUCCUGCACCAGCUGCGCCAGAGCCAGAUGUACGAGGUAUUCGUGCAGGAGCGCCUCAAAAUCGCGGCAGACUGCGGAUACGACCCCGGCAGCGGCGGGCAGCCCGGCUUCGCACCAGGGGCGCCGGCGGCGGCGCUCGGCUACGGCGGGCCGCACAACACAGGCGGCAGCGCCUCGCCCGGCCCGCCCGGCGGCGGGGGCGACAGCGGCGGCGGUGGCGGCGGCGUGUGGGACGAGGGCGGGGACCCGUUUGAAGAGCGCGUGAGUGCCUACCUGGACAACCGCAGCCGGCGGCUGGCGGCGCGGCUCAACGCGGGCGUGAGGUCGUCGCUGACGCGCUUCCAGGCCUACAUCAAAAAGCACCGCCGCACCGACGGCCUGCCAGAGCCGGACCUUGCCCGCGCCAAGCAGCUGGCCAGCGCCUUCAUGGCCGGCGCCGCCGGCGCGGUCCGCCGCACGCUCGAGAGCGCCGGCGGCGCCGCGGAGCCCCGGGGGGCAACUGGCGGCGGCGGGGCUGCCGUCAGCGGCGGAAGCUGGGGGAACCUGCAGCAGCUGCUGCUCCAGCAGCAGCACGGCGGCGGGGGCGGGGGCGGCGGCGGCCACGGCCCAGGCGGCGCGGAGGCGGGAGGGUUUGGCAGCGUCUCCUCGGGCCCGCUGGCCGGCGGCUUGGCGCGCCAUCGGCAUUCCAUGUCGGUCGACCAGAUCGCCGGACUGCAGUCCGCCGGCCCCCGCGGCGCCGCCGGCGGCCCGGGCGCCACCCGCAACGGCUGCCGCAGCUUCUCGGCGGGCCCCGCGGGCGCGGGCGCCGCCGCGGACGCGCUCGGCCAGCCAACGCCGAGCGCGGCGGCGGGCGGCUGA